GUUGCUAAUUCGUAUUCAUUUUGAAAUAAUACUACUUAAAAAUUAGACCAAAGUAUUUUCCAGCUAUUUUUCGUUGUUUCAAAAUUCCGGCAAUAGUAAAAAAAAAAAAGUUUUGAAGCUGCUAAUCAGUUGUAAAUCGCAAUGGCCCCUUCGCAGUUGUACGUGGGAGGAAUCACCCGCUCUGUGCGCGAGAGAGACGUCGAGAAGUUCUUCAAGGGCUUCGGUCGGAUCACCAACAUCAGCAUGAAGGGAAACUACGCAUUCGUGGAUUUUGAAGACCACAGAGAUGCAGAUGACGCAGUUUACGAACUGGACGGCAGAAGACUCCUUGGAGACCGUGUGCGAGUGGAGUUUGCUAAAGGCAACCCACGUGGAGGCAGGGGACGCAGCAGAAGCAGGCGACACAGCCCACCUCCUAACAGAUACGGACCACCCUUGAGGACCAAGUACCGAAUCAGAGUGGAGAAUGUGUCGACCAGAAUCAGCUGGCAGGAUCUGAAAGAUCACGCGAGAAAAUACGGAGAAGUUACCUACGCUGAGUGCCACAACAUGGAAGAACGUGUCGGAUUCAUGGAGUUUGCCACUAACGAGGACAUGAAGAGGUGUUUGGACAAGAUGGACGGAACUGAGAUGGCUGGUCGAGAAGUCAAACUGGAGGCAGUCAAGAUUAAGUCCAGGAGCAGAUCCAGGCGUCGAUCAUCUCGGUCGUCUAGCCGGUCAAAGAGUCGAAGUCGCAGAAGUAAAUCGAGCAGGUCGAAAAGCCGAUCUAAAUCGAGAAGUGGAAGUCGGGGAAAGAAACGCGACCGAAAGAGAAAGACCUCAACUGGUUCCCGAUCUAGAAGCCGAUCUGGGAAACGAGACGCCUCCAAGGAUAAAAAGAAAAAGGAGAAAUCGAAGUCCAGAAGCAAGUCUGCGUCUAAGAGUCGUUCUAGGUCUCCUAAAAAGGAAGCAGAAUCUCCUAGCAAAGACGCAGAGAAGUCAUCUCAAGAUGAUUCUGAAAAUGUCAAUGGAGAUGUGAAGGUCGAACCAGAACAGGAGGUGAAUGAUUCGAAGGACAAGGAUUCUCCUACGAAACGAAAGUCUCGAUCUCGCUCCAAGAGUCGUUCCGAGAAACGAAAGCGAAGCCGAAGCGUGGAAAAGAAGAGCAAAAAGUCGAGAAGUAAGAAGUCCCGUAGUCGAUCGAGGAAGCGUUCGACUAGUAGAUCGAAGAGGUCAAGGUCAAGAACUCCAGCGAGGAAGAGGUCCCGAAGCAGGUCACCCAAGAGAAAGUCGAAGCGUUCACGCAGCCGAAGUGCUGAGAAAAAGAAGAGAUCGAGAUCUAAGAGUGCUUCUCGCAGUCGAUCUAAGAGUGGAAGCAAAAAGCAGCGCCUGGAAGAUAGCGAUAAAAAGAAGGAGGAGAAUGAGAGCGGAACUGAAGCACCAGCAGCAGAAAACAAGUCCCCUAAAGAGCACCCUAAGUUUGACCGCAAAGGUUCCAGAUCUAGAUCCAGAAGCAUGUCGAGUGAGCCAGCGCAAGAAGAGAAUGGACACGGAGAUAAAGGAUCUGACCAGGAGUAAGAAACUGGUUAUUCAACAGACGAUCAUUUAUGAGACUUUCUUGGUUUUAACUUAUGUUUUUUUUCUGUGAUCAAAGAGUGGCAUUUCAAAUUUGUCUUACCGAUACUUAACAUGGCUCCCCUUUUGCAAAACCGAUGACUUGAUUUAUCUACCUAUCUUUUAAAUCGAAAGAUUUACGUGUUUGUUUCUUAUUACCCCCUGAUGUAAGUUUCAAGUUUAACUAAUUUACCGUUGACUCUGA